AUGCACCCGUCCACACCUCCGACUCGCCUGCAGCCGCAUCACCUCGACGCCGUCGUCCACAUCUUCGCCGACGUCUGCCUCCCGUCGCAUUCGCAACCAUGGCACAUGCACGAGCAGACUGCCAUCUCUUCCUCUGGCUUUCUCAUCGCCCCGCACACAAUCCUCACCACGGCCCACGCAAUCCUCUCCCGCCUCGCCGUCGUUCGCGUCAAGAAACGUACAACCCCUCAGAAAUAUCUCGCACGAGUCAUCGACAUCGCCCAUGACUGCGACUUGGCCCUCCUCACCGUCGAUGACACCGCAUUCGCAGCUCCCUUCCUCCCCAUUCCGUCUGGACCGCUCCCUGCUCUGCAACAAAACGUCUACGUCGUCGGCUAUCCCUCUGGCGGCCACAACAUAUGUAUAUCCGCCGGUGUAGUGUCUCGCAUACACAUUAAGCGCUACGAACAAGCAAAAGGCAUGGGCUACUUGCUCACCGUUCAAGUCGAUGCCGCCAUCAACAGCGGCAACUCUGGGGGGCCCGCCCUCGACACUGACAAUCGAGUUGUCGGCAUUGCAUUCGAGUCUGCCGCCGGUUCCUCCGCCGCGCUGGAGAAUGUCGGCUACCUUGUCCCCGUCUCCGUCAUCAAUCAUUUCCUGUGCGACGUCGAGCAGCACGGUAGGUUUCGCGGCUUUUGUGACUACGGCUUCAUGUGGCAACGCAUGGACAGCCCUGCCUUGCGCAGAUACUUCACCAUGUCGGCCACUGAUACCGGCAUCCUCGUAUGCGACGUCAAGCGAACAGCCCCGGUAUCUCACAUCUUGCGUCGCGAUGACAUCAUUACGCACAUCGAAGACGUGGCCAUUUCAAACGCUGGCACCGUCCCCGUUGAUUUCGCAGAGCCCUUGCCAUUCCAUUACCUCAUUUCGAACAAGCGUCCUGGAGAUAAAGCCCGACUGCGCGUCCUGCGGGACGGUUCGCCAUUGCGACUCGAAUACAAGCUUUGCGAGGCUUCUGAGCACGUCCUGGUACCAGUCCGCGAGCUGCGAGCACAGCCAGAAUAUUACAUCAUUGCAGGCAUUGUGUUUGUCGUCUUGACCAUCCCAUACUUGGAAGCCAACUUCGGGGUCGACUGGGCCACGCGUGCCCCGCCCCGACUCGCAGAGAUUACGCACAACAAUCGCAAGGAGUUUAAAGAUCAGCAAGUGGUGGUGGUGGCACAAGUGCUUUCGUCGGAGAUUAUCUUGGCAGACUGCGCCUUUCACGACUCUGUUGUGACUAAGGUCAAUGGGACUGUUCCCAAAAACUUGAACCAUUUGGUGUCGUUGGUACAUGAAUGCAAAGAGGCCUACGUGAGGCUAGAGCUGGAUGGCGACUUUGUUGUUGUCGUCGACCUCGAAGAGGCCAAAGUUACCGCGCAGGACAUCAUGACCAGACAUGCCAUUCCAGCAGAACAAAGCCUUGGGGACCUGGUGAAACAAUCCUCUUCCGUCGCCGCAGCCGAAACAACGAGCGCUACUGCGAGCCAAACCGUAACCCCUCCAUGA